CUCAGCUCGGCACAGUCCAGAGCAACAUGCAGGAUGGCGAGUGUGGAGACAGCCGCCGAACACGAACGGAUCCUGCGGGAGAUUGAAAGCACAGACACCAACUGUAUCGGGCCGACCCUCCGCUCGGUGUACGAUGGUCGGGAACAUGGCCUCUUCAUGGAGAAGCUGGACGUGCGGAUCAGGAACCACGACCGCGAGAUCGAGAAGAUGUGUAACCACCACUUCCAGGGCUUCGUCGACUCCAUCACAGAGCUGCUCAAAGUACGCGGGGAGGCCCAGAAACUGAAGAGUCAGGUGACUGAGACCAACAGGCGUCUUCAGGAUGAUGGCAAAGAGCUCAUGGGCUCCAUGGAGGAGCUGCAGCUGUGUCGAGUGCAGCAGAGAAACAUCGCUACCACCAUAGACAAACUCACGCACUGCUUACCAGUCCUGGAGAUGUACAGCAGACUUCAGGAGCAGAUGAGGGCCAAAAGGUACUACCCCGCGCUGCGGACGUUGGAGCAGCUGGAGCACACGUGUCUUCCCAGGGCGGGUCAGUACCGCUUCUGCUCCAUCAUGGCGGAGAACAUCCCCAAACUGAGGACGCAGAUCCGAGACACGGCGAUGACGCAGCUGAGAGACUUCCUGGAGAGCAUCCGGAAACACUCCGACAAGAUCGGAGAGACCGCCAUCAAGCAGGCGCAGCUGCAGCGCUCCCUGGACAGCUCCGUCUCAACACAGCCGAGGGCCCUGAUUGGCAGACGCAGCCGAAAGGAGGCGGCGGCGACGACUGACGGCGGCGGGCACGGGGGCAGUCCGGUGUCGGAACAGGACUCUGGCAUUCUGGAUGUGGAAGAUGAAGAGGAGGACGAUGAAGUCCCAGGAGCUCAGGACUUGGUGGAUUUCUCUCCAGUUUACCGCUGUCUGCAUAUCUACACUGUGCUGGGUUUGCGUGAUGUGUUUGAGAACUACUACAGAAAGCAGAGGAGGAAACAGGCUCGCCUUGUGCUGCAGCCCCACUCUAACAUGCAUGAAACUCUGGAGGGAUACAGGCAGUACUUCAAUCAGAUUGUCGGCUUCUUUGUCGUGGAGGAUCACGUCCUUCACACCACACAGGGUUUGGUCAACCGAGCGUACGUGGAGGAGCUUUGGGAGUUGGCGCUGUCCAAACUCAUCGCCGCCCUGAGGACGCACUCCUCGUACUGUGACAACCCUGACCUGGUGCUGGAUCUGAAGAACCUCAUUGUCCUGUUUGCUGAUACACUGCAGGGUUAUGGUUUCCCAGUGUCGCAGCUGUUUGACAUGCUGCUGGAGAUGAGGGAGCAGUACGGCGAAAUCCUGCUCAAGAAAUGGAACGUCACCUUCAGGCAGGUGUUGGACCAGGACAACUUCAGCCCAAUCCCAGUCUCAACCGAGCAGGAGUACAAACACUACACUUCCCAGUUUCCCCUGCAGGACCCCGAACUGGACAAGCUUCCCUUCCCCAAGAAGCUUCCCUUCUCCGAGUUUGUGCCAAAAGUCUACUGCCAGCUCAAAGAGUUCAUCUACGCGUGUCUGAAAUACUCCGAAGACCUGCAUCUCAGUUCCACGGAGGUAGACGAUAUGAUCCGCAAGUCGACAAAUGUGUUGUUGACCAGAACCCUCAGCCACUGUCUGCACUACGCCAUUAAGAAGAAGAAUGUCGGGCUGGCAGAGUUGGUGCAGGUGAUCAUAAACACCACCCACCUGGAGCAGUGCUGCCACUUCCUGGAGGAGUUCAUAUCAAACAUCACAAAUGUUCCGCCUGACACGGCAAACGCUACCAAGCUGUACGGGACCUCCACCUUUAAGGACGCUCGCCAUGCGGCCGAGGAGGAGAUCUACACCAACCUGAACGCCAAGAUCGACCAGUUCCUGCAGCUGGCUGAUUACGAUUGGAUGGCCGCGGGGCAGGGAGGCGGGACCUUGGAAGCCAGCGACUACCUGGUGGACCUGAUCGCUUUCCUGAAGAGCACCUUCAGUGUCUUCACCAACCUGCCGGGAACACCCGUAGAACACGCUACCUUACCGGGUAAAGUGGCCCAGACGGCCUGCAUGUCGGCCUGUAAACACAUCUCCACCUCCCUGAUGCAGCUCCUGCUCGACCCAGAGGUCAGGCAGAUCUCCGUGGGAGCGCUGCACCAGCUCAACACCGACGUCAAGGAGUGCGAGGGUUUUGCCAGAGCCGGCCCGGUCGCAGGCUUCCAGGGUGACACGUUGCUUCUGGCCUUCAGUGACUUGAGACAAUUACUGGAACUGUUCACCCAGUGGGAUUGGACGACCUACCUGGCUGACUACGGAAAACCAACCUGCAAAUACCUGAGAGUCAGCCCGCACACGGCACUGGCCCUGCUAGAGAAGAUGAGGGAGACGAGCAGAAAAAACAACGUCUUUGCCCAGUUCAGGAAGACGGACCGAGACAGGCAGAAACUCAUCGACACCAUCAUCAAACAGCUACGCAACCUCAUCGCACAGCACCACGCCUAGAGCGGGCCGCCUGAUUGGCCAGCACGGCCUCAAGCCACGCAUCUUCAAUCGGCUGAAUUCAACCAUCCGCAGCCCUGAUGAAAAAGCGGACUCCCAUCGAUCGGUUUUCAACCCUGCAACCGUUGGCGCAUCCGUGCACCUUAACUUCGCUGGACGCCACUGAACGUCCCACAACCGCAGCCGGUUCCUAUUGGUCAUCUUCAACGCCCAACAACAGCAGCCAGUGUAAACCUGCAACAAGCUCAUUGGAUAACAAGGUCACUGGUUAAUCUAAGCCACUGUUUUCCGGACUACCAAGCACACAAGAAGAGAAAGAAGCUCUCCGUUAUCUUAUCGGUCUAUUUGUGAGAUUUGUGACCUUUUGGAGAUCAAGAAAAGUGGAGCAAAUAAUAGUAGAACAACAAUGAAUCACCUGGUACCACCUAAGAAAAUAGCAAAAAAAUGACAAGCAGUUCAGACUCUCAAAGCAAACAUUCACAUUAAGAUGACGUGGCAAGGAGAAAAACUAGGAAGAACAGUGAGGAAGACCCAUUUGUAGGUGUACAGGGUGGGAACAUGUUAAUUUUGGCUGUGAGGAACAGUAGAUUCCUAGAAUCUAUGACGUUUUUGUUUUUUUGUAGGACCUCCGUUUUGAUAGAUUUUAUUCUUUGUACCACAAUCUUCCCAUUUCCCUUUCCUAAAAUCUAAGUGGCUGGUUAGGCAGUCUGCUCUCAUCCCCCUUUUAUUUAGUUUCUCCUUGCCCCCAGACGACUUUUAAUGUCUUCCACAUUGCUCUCCUCCACUGUGGCACAAUGACAGAAUGUAUUUGAAUGUACAUCAGAGAGGAUGAUUUCAUAUUACAGCUAGAAAAGCACUGAAAUCAACAUUAGGUCUGGGGGGGGGAAUAGAUAUUAGUGACAAAUGAACCGAAUGUUCCUCCAGUAUUGUCUAAUAAAGGGGGAUAUGCACGCAACAUGGCAACCUUUUCCCCUCUUAAUACACAGCCUGCGAACACUUGAAUGCUCAGAUCCGAUAACCAUAUCCCCUCUUCUUAACGCCUGAAAGCACAGUGAGUGUUUGGGAUUUUAAAUGGGAAGGGGGGGGGGGGGUUGUCUAAACAUGGCAACCCAUUUCUCCACUUUCAUUACCCUGUUGCCCGAGCAUUUUCUGCUCUUCAUGUAUAAAUAACUGGGUCUUAAGGAACGGGCAUAAUGCCUCAAUCUGGCAACUGCCAUAAAGUAUAUAGUUUUGUCUGCCUAGUUGCCUAGAAAGAGACUAAUUUGUAUAGAAAGCAUUGUACUAAUGCCAAGCACACACACUUUUAUGUCUUCCAUAAACAUAUGCCAAGCUGCGUGUGUGUGUAUGCGUGUGUGUCUGUGUGUGUGUGUUCUUUGGCGACUUGUACACACACACACAAAGGUUUGUUUAGAAGCACAGCACAUAAUGACAUUCACACUAGAUCAUUUUUCGGAGCUAAUUAUGGGUCUCUCUUUUCGCUCUUUGUGUUGCUUUUGAACUCGGGUGCAAUAAUAGCGUUGGAAACUACAGCAUUUUGUGUGAUUGUGUGUGUGUGUUAAUCAUGGCGCUUUAUAAAGGGAUGCAAACCCACAGUCCGAAGGGAAUUUUAAGUCUUCCACUUCCUUUUCGAUCAGUUGCCAUGUUUGAUUUACUGAGCGACAUCACGUGUGUUUGUGUUCACUCGUGCAUGCCGGGCACUGUGAAAUUGUGCGCAUUUAUGUAUUAUUUGUGUGUGUGUGUGUGUUGGUUAUUCAUCCAUCCUUAGCUGUGUAUCAUUUGUAGGUGUUAGUAAAGGGAAUGGGGCCGUCGUAACUGAAUGUGCCUUUGCUGUAUUUGGUGUUUAUUUUCCUGCCAAUAAAGCAGCAACACCGGUGUGUGGAGGCUGGACGCUGACCGUUAAUGAACUGUCGGAGGUCUGAAAAACUAAAGUCUUAACUCAAAGUCCAUUUACUAGCUUCAUCCAGAGUUUUCAAACUCAUCUCACACUCUCCUGGAGGUCUAUUUGUUACUCUACCUUUUCUGUGACACAAAUGAAAAUGCUACGCACUGUUAUUAGCUUUUUUUUCAAGUAGUAGUCCGUAGUAAUGCUCAUUUUUUAGACUGGAAAUAAUGACGAUGAUCAACGUCUGCUUUACAACCUGAAAUGUCUAUUUUUUAUUUUUAUUUUUAAGUUAGACCUGUUUUCUUGUAAAAGCAAGGUCUGUAUCUCGUAAUUUACAAGGAAACUUCUUUUCUCGGAACUAAUAAAUCUCAAUCUUGAGGGGAAAAAGCUCAUGCAAAUGCACUGCACAUUUGUUAAGAAACAUUGAGACACGACCAAAAAUGUCUCAAAUUUAAACAUAGUCACAUCUGGGUUAUUUGAUCUGUUUCAGUUUGUAGAAAUAACAAGUUUUGUAAAUGGUCUCAUUCAGAUAUUUUAGUUUUAGUUGCGUAGUUGACCAAGAUCCUGCAGUCUGAAUUGCCCAUUGCCUUAUUUUUGAACACGGUGGCAGUAAUGAGCAAAGUAACAGAACUUUUGGAUCCACCACUCUAACAUUGCUAGUCCUGCGUGUUCGUCCGUGUCCAGAGUCCUCACGCCGCACGUGUUGCUGCUACUUGUUUUGUAUUUUGAAAGCAGAAAUCUUUCCUGAGACAGGAGCACUGUACACGCUAUUGUAUUCAACCACUAAUGAAUGAAAAUAAAGUCCAAUACUAAUACAGUUACGACAAAUAUUAAAUAAAUGUAAAACUGUUGA